UGUCACAAAUGCAAGGUGGUUUACUGUGUUGGUCAAUUUAAUUUGCAUUUUCUAAAAAGAAAAUAAAUUUACCGUCUAAAUACCAUUUUAAAGUUUGUGAAAACCUAGACAAGCUACUCUGAGAAGGUUUAAUUGCGGAUUGCAACAUUCCAAAUUACUAGAGUGUUGAAAAAAGUUAAAAGAUCUUAUUCAAGAGACGGAUGCAAUUUAAGACCUAAAUUCAAGCAUCCCAUGGGCGCGAAUGGCGGGCGGCGCGUGGCGGCGCGGCGCGGCGCGCGCGCGCAUCCUGCGGGCGCUGUUGCGUGACACGGCGCGCGCGCUGCAAGACGCGCACGACAUACUGCCCUUUGAUCCAGAAGUAUUAUCAGUAGUGCAAGAGAUCACCAAUGAAUCAGCGCGGCCUACGGCGCUGGUUAUCCUGGGAACCUCUCCAUCAGCCAGGGCGCGGCUGCUGAACUGUUUAGUGGGGAGGAAACUCUUGCCAGAGUCUCUACCCAGGGGUUGCAAAUGGCUUCGAAUCCAAUUCGGUGCGUGUACGCAAGUGCACUUGACGGUGGGCAACUCGGAAUUCGAGCUGGUUGAAGAGUUGGAAUGCAAUCGGAAACCAUGGGACACCUUGCCUGUUCAGGAUCUGCUCCGCCAAUCCCAUACCGACUUAGGCACAACUCUGGAAGUAGAACUAAACAAUUCCCUACUAAAGGAUGGCCUUCGAAUAAUUGUACCUCCAGAUAUCAAUACGGACCCAGGACCUCUAAACUAUACCACUUUGAAGCAACUCCACAAAGAUCUGUACCAGAAACGAAUGGCAAUUUUGAAAACAUAUACCCCCAUAUACUUGUACGCUUUGGAUAAGUUUGGAAGGACGAUUUUCAAUGAUAAUGUUUCCAAAAUGAGUGUGUCUAGAAGUGAGGAGGAUUUCUGGUCGAGCUUCAACUUGUAUUUUAUGACGAAGGCCACUAGUGGGAGUGGGGAUGGGACUCAGGAUGCGUUGGAGGAGGUUUGGAAAGAGGGCAGCGAUUCUGUGUUUAAUGUUGAGAAUUUCCUAGAUCUCCACCAAAUCAAAGAAUUAGACUCCAACGCUCAGGUGUUCUUCUGUCUGUUCUCAAAUAGCAGAGCAGAAGAGAAGACAAGAAGUCCAUUAAGCGAGGCCACUGAGUCUACUGAAUCUGCGACUUACAAUACUGAAGAGUUACCAGAGUCAGACCAGGGCAUUUACAAAGAGGAAUUCAGACAAACAGACCAGCCUGCACAACAGAAUAAAGCAAAUAGAAGAUUACAGGAAGAACAAAUUGCAUUCAUGAACGAACUACUUGACCAAUGGGAGUUUAUAUCCAAACCACCUCAAAAACACCACGUCAAAAGCCAAUGGUCGAUCCUAGACGACGUAGAGAUUAUGAAGAACGCAGAAAAGGUAGAGAUCGAGCACGGGAAGAGAAAGAAGGAGGUAGAAGUUGACAGGACGCAAAAGACUCGCGGGAGUUUGUUGAACAAUGUCCUGAAGUUUGCUGCGGAAUGCUCACAGACUUACUUGCUGAAGCAGUGCACGAGGCUGAGUGAAAUUCACGUGAAACUCCUCCAGCAGAUAAUUCUGGCGUCAUUCGACAUGGCGCGCGAGUUGCAAGUCGUACCUACUAAGAUACAAUAUGUGGCGAGACAGGAACAACAGUUGUACGAGACCAUAAACGAGAAAUUUUCUGAAGGUGACAAGAAACAAGAAUUAUUACAAAUAAUGCAAGAAGUAUUACAAGAAAUGAGAUCUGAAAUCAACAAUAUGGAUUGGAGUGUUGAUGAUCUCCCUUGCCACCAAGACAAACGCUAUGCCAUAUCAAACUCAAUAUUCUACUCCACCCGGAGCGACCCGUCCAUAUCGCUCCAACUAACGAACCGGGAGCGGUCCGACCCCGGGCCGGAGCGCGGCCGGCUGCACAGCCCGGAGCCGGACGACGAGCCGGACUGCAACUCGGACGUGGAGGAAGCCGUGUCGUAUGAGAGCUUCAACUUUGACGACUUCGAGAUCAUUCACUCUAAUGACGAGAGCUUGUGUAUGAGUGAUGUCUUUAGAAGGUCUAAAUCAGAUUCUCCAGCGUCUCUAGUCACCCCCAUACCGAUCGAGAAUGAAACGGAACUGUACAGUCUGUCCAACGCGUGGCGCAGCGUGUCGGUGACCACUCACAGCAGCGUGUGCACCAACUCCAACAUCUCCAGCAAACAGGCGUCCCUUGACGUUCAACGAACUGUUCUAUCGAAGUUGAGUCGAAAAAUCAGUUUGAAGAUGGUCAAAUUUGUAGAUUGCCUCAAGGAUUCCUACUUUGGUACCCUACAAAGGUGCCUGGAAUCUCUAGAAUCUUCCUGCAGACAGGAGUUGGGUGGAAGACCAGCAAGCGAGGCGAUGCGACAGUUGCUGUCAGUGGCCAGACAAGUGGACCUCACACCUUGUGCCUCCUUCUCCUUACUGAGAGGGAUGAUGGACUCUCUCCGAAGACUGUUUUAUAGGUUGAGCAUGGUUGGCGGAGAGGAGGAGUCUGCGUGUUGUGUACUGAGCCCCGCGUGGCGCCGCUCGGCCGCGCUGCACACUACCCAAGAACUUACUCCACAGAGACUGGCCAGACUUAUCUCCUUACAGAUUCUGGAGAGACUGAGUGUAGCGCAUGAAAGAUACCAAUCAGCGCUCACGUCAUUAGAAAGCGCUUUAGCGAGCCGCCUGCACCAUACUGAAGAUAUUAAACUAGCUAUAAGGAAAAAAUACGCGCCAUCGUUCGCCCAACUGUGUCUGGAAAGUACAUCUAUGUGCGACCUCCUUAUGUACGGAACACCAGAAUUGGGCCGAGAGAUUGGUCGCGGCCAGUACGGAGUGGUGUACGCCGUGCACGGCUCGUGGGCGGGCCACAGCCCGGCGUGCGUCAAGUCUGUUUUCCCUGCCGAUGACAGACAUUAUAGGGAACUGGCCAUGGAGUUCUUCUAUACCAGGAGCAUCCCCGCGCACCCGCGUAUCGUCCGCCUGCUGGGCUCGUUGGUCCAACGCGGCAACAACGGCUCAGCGCCCGGCGUGCUGUUGGUGUCGCAGCGUUACAGCCGCGACCUGCACGCCGCAGUGCGCGCGGGCCUCUCCUACGCGACGCGGAUGCGGAUCGCGUGCGAUAUCGUUGAGGGUAUCAGGUACCUCCACUCGCUGGGGCUAGUACAUCGAGACGUCAAACUCAAAAACGUGCUUCUGGACGAGCAAUCCCGAGCGGCUUUAUCGGACUUAGGCUUCUGCGCCGCUGAGGCUCUCAUGUCUGGCUCAGUUGUGGGAACACCGGUGCACAUGGCCCCGGAACUGUUGGCUGGGAACUAUCACGCUGCAGUCGAUGUGUAUGCCUUUGGGAUAUUGUUUUGGUACUUGUGCGCCGGUAACAUUAAACUGCCAUCCGCCUUCGAAACAUUCCAGAACAAGGAACAGCUUUGGAGCAAAGUUAAGAGAGGUCUUCGUCCAGAAAGACUACCCAAUUUCAGCGACGAAUGUUGGGAGGUAAUGGAGUCAUGUUGGGCCUCCGAACCCUCCCAGAGGGCUCUAUUAGGGGACAUCCAGCCAAAACUAGAGGCCAUUCUGCAAAAAGCUUUAAAAGAUGACCAGGGUCCCGUCAACUAUAGCAAUAACCUUGAAGAGUAUAAUUCUGAUGAUAGUUUAGAUAUGACAGGACUGCAUAAAUAUACAAGGGAUAAUUUGUGUUAAGUGUCUGGAAUCAUUCAUAGUGUGUUUUAAAUCGAAUAAUGGAGGAGGAACAAUAUUUCAACAUCUAGAAAAUUAAGGGUAUACUACAAAAUUCAUGAAGAAAAAUCAGAGACCCGUUAACUAUAACAAUAACUUUGUGGUUUAAAUUCUGAUGAUAAAUUAGAUAUGACAAUAGUAUAUAAAAAUACAAGGCAUAUGUUGUGUUACGUGUGUAAAAUCAUAAACAGAUGAUUUUUUUAAAUAAAGUAAUGAAGGAAGACAACAUUCCAACAUCUAAAUUAAUUUAUAACAAAAGUCUUAAAAAAACCAGGGACCCCGUAAUUAUAGCAAUGACCUUGGAUUAUAAUUCUGAUGAUAGCCUGGAUAAUAUAACCGGACUACAUAUUAAGGAAGCAAGGGAUUAUGAUAAGUUGUUAAACAGUUUUGAUUUGAGUAAUGGAGACCCCAAUUGAUAUCUACAAAAGUCCUGAAGGAAACCCUGUAAAUUCCAAUAAUAUUGGAGAGUAUAAUUCUGAAGAUAGUUUAGAUAUGACGGGACUAUAUUAUAGGGAUGCAAUGGAUAAUUUGUGUUAAGCGUGUAGACAUAAGACUCAAUAUCGUCUAAACUCUGAAGAAAUGUGGAGGAUUGAUUCUCAAUCUCCAGUUUAAAAAAAAUCCAUAUUCUUUGGAAAAACAACCCCAAUUAUUUGGAUAUGACUGGAUUGCAUAGGGAUAUAAAACAUAAUUAUUUGUGUUAAUGUGUGUUGAAAUAAGACUGAAAAUAGAGUAAGUUACGAUUACUUUUGAUUUAGUUCUGUAAUAAUAUUAAGUAUAUUCUGUAUGCGGAUAAUUAAAAAUGUAUUUUGUACGCGGAUACUUAAAAAUGUAUUAAAACAGUCGAAACUUCAUAAACACACCACACGCACCUAUCGCAUGUGCAUAACAGUGCCACGCGAAUAUAGGUGCUAAACAACUUAUGGGCUUUGACUGUACCUAUAUGCAGAGGUUUUUUACGUGACGUCAGAUGUACUGAAAACCAAUAUUACCAAAAUGUGCCUUAAUAAAUUAUCAAAACUGUUGUACCCAAUAUAAGUAUCUAGAUACUAAAUUAACUAGACGAAUAACGUUUCGCUAAGAAAAUAGGCUAAAAACACUUCAUCUAAUACCAUCACUGAAAUAUUAUAAAGAGCUAAAGUUUGUAAGUUUGUUUGUAAGAAGUAAUCUCUGGAACUACUGAACCGAUUUCGAUAAUUCUUUCAUCAGUAAAAAGCUAUAUUAUAUUGUAUUUCUAAAAAAAUAGAGAUCCCUAUGAAAAUUGUAAUAAGUAAGCUAAACCUGUGCGAAGCCGGGGCGGGUCUGAUUGGUGAAAUGUAAACGUCUCCGCUCCGCUUCGCUUCAGUGGAAACGCGCCCUUAUCGCUUAGCGUUAAAUACACGGGCCUCUGGGGUAAGUUAUAUUAAAAAUCUGUGAUUAAUUAAUUCUUAUAAUGAUAAAGUAAUUAAGACUCCGUAGACUAUUAAGUGCAUUUAUUGUACCCUAUGUAUUUGUCGAAAGUUUCUAAUUUGUUGUGUCUGUUAUAUUUCGUCCGUAUUUAUUUUCGCUGUUUUCUACCAAAUUUGUUAUUGCCCACGGACUUGGAAUGGCUAGAUGCCGCCACGUUCAUUAAAUAGUAUGAAAAUUGACCAUGUUUAUUUUUUUCUUAUCUACGAUGACGUCAAGCGAGUCACUUACAGCCGAAAUCAAUAAAAUCUAUAUCUGAUAAAUAAGUAGUAACUUAUCGUCAAAUCACAGAUAAGACUGAUGAUUACAGAUAGGAUAGGAUUGAGGAUGACACUAAGUAUAGUGACGUUGUAAUUUGUCAAAAAAUACCAUACAAUUUUUAACAAAUAACUUUGCUAAGUAACUUACCUAUCGACAGAUUAUCGAUAGGAUUGAUCAAAACGAGUCUUAACGUGAAAUUGAAAUUUAAUUUGGUUUUUCGCAAUUUGUAAACUAAUACGACAAAGUAGACUUAUGGCACUCUAAUUCCGACAAUGGCAGCAUCAUCUUCACAGGAUCACAUAAAAAUCUGUCCUUGAAUGUGUUCAGUUUAAGAAAUUAGAGUAUCGACUAAUUUGUGAGUAACUCACGUCAAACUCAUUAUUUCGACGUAAUUUCCUAAACUGAACACUUUCAAGUAAAGAUUUUUGUAUAAGCCUGUGAAGAUGAUACUGCCAUUGGCGCUAUUAGAAUCCCAUAAGCCUACUUUGUCGUAUUAGAUUACAAAUUGCGAAAAAACCAAAUUAAAGAAUUUCGCGGGCAGACCCGUGUCAUCCACCUUACACUUACACUUACAGGAUAGUUGGGCACUGUAUUAGUGCUCAAAGAUCAAAGUGCAUGACAUAUUCUCACGUAAUUGAACGGAUGACUUGUGGUAUCUAGUUAUUUCAGUCUGUGGUACUACGCUUAUUUAAGUUACUAUGUAUUAAAUAAAACUUAUAAAAAAAAUAGUAUUUAUUGUAAGUAUCUAUGACUGGAAUUAAUAUUUGUAUUGAUGUGAUAUUAUAUUUUUUGUACGUAA